CUGCUGCUCGAGGGCGGGGGCGCGGGCGGGCGGCGCUGGGCGUACGUGGGCGAUGCGGCGCUGCGCGACUUCCCGCGCGAAGCGCUCAAGGCUGCGUGCGCCGACUGCCAGGUGGUGGUGGUGGACGUGGAGCGCGAGGUGAAGGCGGCCCGCGCGCUGCUGCGGGAGGCGGCGCCCGACCUGCGCAUGGUGGUGGUGCUGGAGUCGGAGGCCGGGGACUGCCCGCUGGAAGGCCCCCGGCCCUCGCUGGAGGCGCCUCAAGAAGACUGGAGGCUGGAACACCUGACGGCGGACGCGCAGGAGGAAAUGAUGGAUGCCGAGGUGCUCUUUCAGGUAGUGGACCGCCGCGGGCGGGUAGGGUGCUGCGGGCGGGGGCGCGCUGUCAGGGUGCCCGGGCUGCGCGGGGCGGUGGGCCGGGCGCUGUUGGCCGCCCUGGCGGCUGCGGAGGGCGCGCCGCCGCGCCUGGGGGGCGAGCUGCCGGCGGCGGAGGACGCGCGCGCCUACGUGCCGCUGUCGCUGCAGCACGCGCCGCUGCUCCGCCCCUCCGCGCUCCGCGCCCUCGACCCCGCGCGCCACCUGCUGGCCCUGAGCGGCUUCCCCGCCGACGAAGUGUCCCGGCUGCGGCGCGACGCGGCUGACGCCGACCAAGCACCGGCGCACGCGCUGGCCGAUAGGUGGGUGCGGCUGGAGGACUCGUUCGCGUGGCAGUCCGCAGAGGGCGCGAGCCGGAGCGACGCGGCGGCGUUCGCGCAGCUCUGCCUGGCGCACCCGUCGCGCCACGUGCACUGGGUGGAGCGCGCGGCGGCGGGCGACGCUCUG